CCUCACUUACAAAUACAUACGUAUAUAAACGCAGGACCAUUUAUACUUCUUUAUUCUUUCUCUUUUUAUAUACAUACAUGUCCAAACAUGAUCCACCCUCUUCAUCGCUCAAACAAUCUCCAGAUAACAUUCAGCAUCGGUCUGUUUCGAACAUUCAGAUGAUUUCACCACGUUGUUCACAUCAAUGCAGCAAUAGUUUUAGACGAGGGCGAGGGAGUAACAAUUUGACACCACGUUAUAGACAACAAAGUAGAUCUGAUGAAUUACAAGGCAGUUUUGAAAAUAUGGACUUGGAUAGAUUACCCACAGUUACCGACGAUACCAAUAACAGUAACGACAACAACAGCAACAACAACAACAACAACAGCAACAACAGCAACAACAAUAAUGAUAAUGAUAAUGAUAAUGAUAAUAAUAACAAUGACAAUAAUAACAACAACAACGAUAACAAUAAUACCAAUGACCUAAAUAACGUGAUCACUACGUCAGCACUUGACACCUUGCACAAAAACAACAUUAUAGAUAGUAGCAGUAACAAUAACGUUGAUAUAGCUCCUCAUUCAAGUUCAUCGAAACCAAAAGUUCUUCAUCCUUCACUUGAAAGAAUAUUUGUAAAUAGCUCUCCAGCUACCAAUCCUACAACAACACCAACAUCAUCAUCAUCAUUGUAUCCUGUAUUUUCAACUCAGCAUUAUGCUAACCAAACUAUACCACAAGAACAACAACAACAACAAACAUACUCAGCAACAACAUCUUCAUCCUCAGCCUCAUAUUCUUCAACCUCUCGUCCUCUUCCAUCCACCACACCAACUGGAAGAAGACCAAGUAGACAACGAUUAGGUAUACGAACACUAUCUAUACGCAACUAUGAACGAUUUCCAGGGAACAAUGUUUUCUUCUUUCAUGGACGAUUUUUGACAAGUCGUGUGUUUUGGGCAUUUGCUUUGGCUGUCUUCCUUUUGAUAGCUCCAUCUAUCUUAUUUGCUAUUUUUAUAUGUCCUUGGCUAUGGUAUCAAAUUCAUCCUAUUGUGCCUAUCCUUUUUGGUUAUAUGUUUUUAUUAUCGUUGGCUUCUAUGGUGAAAACAUCCUGGACAGAUCCUGGGAUUCUACCUCGUCACCUACAUGGAACACUUUCAAUUUCUCAAGAUAACUUUGGCCAUGCUUAUGAACUUCAUGGGGAAGCACCACCUCCUUUGAAACAAGUGACGAUCAAAGGGGAACAAGUCCAUUUGAAAUAUUGUGACACAUGCGGUAUCUAUCGACCUCCUAGAGCAAGUCAUUGUCGUCAAUGUAACAAUUGUGUAGAAAAUGAGGAUCAUCAUUGUAUAUGGCUAAACAAUUGCGUUGGAAAACGAAACUAUCGAUCAUUUUUUACGUUUAUUGUUACUUCAACCGUAUUAUGUCUCUAUGUCAUUGGAUUUGGUCUAGUGCAGUUGAUUAGUAUGUUUUUGGUAUCAAAUGAUCGUUCCUUCAAAAUGAUCCUGACUAAUGCUCCUGUCAGCUUCUUGUUGGUGAUUUUUUGUUUUCUUUUGGUGAUUCCCGUUGGUAGUCUUACUGGGUAUCAUUGUUUUUUGACAAUGCGUGGUGUCACUACUCAUGAGCAGUUACGAUCAUCUAUGGCCAUGAGACCAUUGGAACCUCAUCUGUUUGAUUUUGGAAACCCUCUUGUGAACUUUAUCUAUGCGCUUUGUCGUCCAAGAACAAAAAGUUAUCUUGCGCGAAGAAAAUAUGUACAAGAACAAUAUAAUAUGGAUCAAGCUCAAGUAGGCCCAGUAUUGAAUACCAAUCAACCCACAACAUCAUCCACUACAGCUGUCGUUACCCCUGCUUGACCUUGUCAUUUAUUUAUUUGUUUUACUUUCUCUUUAUUUGCAUUUUAUUUACCUGUUAUAUAAUACUUUAUAUAUUCAUCAUAAUUCUUUUCCAUGUCUUAGUAUUUCCACCUCUCUCAUGCUUUCUUCAUCAAACAAUAAAAAAAAACAAGCAGUAACAAAAUGGUCUCUCUUUUUC